CAGACUGAAAUCAGAACCAGCCAGACAGUGAAGCAAGAACAGUGGAGGGGGGACGGCGAAAGAUGAAAUCCAACCAAGAGAGGAGCAAUGAAUGCCUGCCGCCCAAAAAGCGAGAAAUCCCCACCACCAGCCUGCCCUCCGAGGUGAAGCCAGUGGUCCUGCCGAACGAAAACCACCGCACGGACAACUUAACAUGGCUCUCCAGUACACCCAGCAGCCAGAGCAGCAUGGGUGGAAGGCACCGGACUGGAGGGAGUUCAGUGGAAAUUGGCUUGCAGCAGGGUUUACACAAAGCACCGUCUACAGGAAUGGACUAUUCCCCACCGAGUGCUCCCAGGUCCGUUCCAGUCUCAACAACACUUCCCACAGUGUACUCGCCCGCACUCUCACAGUCAGGGACGCCUGUAUCCCCGGUGCAGUACACGCACCUGCAGCACACUUUCCAGUUCGUUGGGCCCCAGUACAGUGGACCAUACGCCGGAUUCAUCCCCUCCCAGUUGAUUUCCCCGACAGCCAAUUCCGCAACUUGUGCGGCAGCCUCUGCCACUGCUGUUGCAACCACUCCAUCCCAGCGUUCCCAGCUGGAGGCUUAUUCCACUUUCCUGGCCAGCAUGAGCAGCUUAAGUCAGCAGGGGCACAAAGUUGAGCAGCAUCUAGUCAGGACACCUGGAUUGAUUGCAGCAGGGUCUCCUCCACCGACCCAGCAAAACCAGUAUGUCCACAUUUCCAGCUCUCCCCAGAGCGCGGUCAGAAAUGUGUCUCCUCCGACCAUCCCAGUCCAUUUGCAUCCCCACCAAACGGCGAUUCCACACACCCUCACCCUCGGCCCCUCCUCCCAAGUGGUGGUGCAGUACUCGGACUCCGGGGGCCACUUUGUCACGAGGGAUUCUACCAAGAAAGCCGAGAGCAGCAGGCUGCAGGCAAUGCAGGCGAAGGAAAUACUGAAUGGAGAGAUCGAGAAAAGCAGGAGGUACGGCCUGUCGCCCUCUGGAGAUGUGAGUCUAGUCAAAGCAGGCAAUAAACCAGCUCCUCAUCAUUAUGAGACCAGACAUGUGGUGGUGCACUCAAGUCCUGCUGAGUACAGUGCACGGGAUUCCUCAGGCAUCAGGGCCUCUGUUAUGGUUGUACCGAACAGCAGCACACCUAUUACGGAGAUGGAGGUACAGCAGGCCACCAACAGAGAAACUCCUCCCUCAGUCCUCAACGACAAGGGAAACCUGCAUUUAGGAAAGCCAGCCCACAGGUCUUAUGCUUUAUCUCCGCAACAGACUAUGGGCCACGAGGGGGUGAAAGCAGUCGCCACGCUGUCCCCCCACACUGUCAUUCAGACCACCCACAGCGCCUCAGAGCAACUCCCUGUCGGGCUGCCUGCGACAGCCUUCUAUGCCGGGACCCAGCCACCGGUAAUUGGCUAUCUGAGCAGUCAGCAGCAAGCAAUUGGUUACCCUGGAAACCUGCCACAGCACCUGGUGAUCCCUGGCACCCAGCCCCUGCUUAUACCAGUUGGCAAUGCAGACGUUGAAUCAUCAGGAGUAGCACCUGCUAUAGUCACUUCAUCUCCCCAGUUUGCAGCAGUGCCUCAUACAUUUGUCACUACCACCAUUCCUAAGAGUGAGAAUUACAGUGCUGAGUCGCUAGCAACCCAGCCGGCCUACCAGGCAGCCGUGGUGCAGGCCCAGAUCCACCUCCCGGUGGUGCAGUCCGUAGCUUCUCCAGCCGCAGCUCCUCCUACACUGCCUCCUUACUUCAUGAAAGGGUCAAUCAUUCAGUUGGCCAAUGGGGAGCUGAAGAAAGUAGAGGACUUAAAAACAGAAGACUUUAUACAGAGUGCAGAAAUUAGCAAUGACCUGAAAAUAGACUCCAGCACAGUGGAGAGGAUUGAAGACAGCCAUAACCCAGGCAUUGCUGUGAUACAGUUUGCAGUUGGAGAGCAUCGAGCACAGGUCAGUGUUGAAGUCUUGGUCGAAUACCCUUUUUUUGUAUUUGGACAAGGCUGGUCGUCCUGCUGCCCUGAGAGAACCAGCCACCUCUUUGAUUUGCCAUGUUCCAAACUCUCAGUUGGGGAUGUCUGCAUAUCGCUUACUCUCAAGAAUCUGAAGAAUGGCUCUAUUAAAAAGGGCCAGCCCAUGGAUUCAGCUAGUAUCUUGCUGAAGCACUCAAAGAAUGACAGUCUAGCUGGAAGUAGACACAGGUAUGUGGAGCAGGAAAAUGGUAUUAAUCAGGGAAGUGCACAGAUGUUAUCUGAGAAUGGUGAACUGAAGUUUCUGGACAAAAUAGGAUUGCCUGCAGCACCUUUGCUCACCAAAACAGAACCCAGCAAGCCCACGGCGACGAGGAAGAGGAGGUGGUCGGCCCCUGAAACACGGAAACUAGAGAAAUCAGAAGAGGAACCACCUUUGACUCUUCCCAAGCCUUCUUUUAUUCCUCAGGAGGUUAAAAUUUGCAUUGAAGGUCGAUCUAAUGUAGGCAAGUAAAGGCUGUUUGGGGAAAGGAAAUUAGGCUAUCCCUUGUCAUUUUUAUCCAGAUUACUGUACUGUAGACUAAAUAACCCAGUAUUUACAUGUUAUCAUCUUAUUUUAGGUUUAUGUUAUAAC